GGGCGUCACAGCUUGGGGUGUAUACAGUCUGAGUUUUGCUUCCACUGGGAGGGCUUCGGGAACAGUGCGUCCAGAACUUCCAAGAGCUGCAAGUGUUUGCUGAAAUAUCUCUUCUAAAAUGAAAGCCAUGGUGGAUCUGCUCACUUUUUUUGGCAAAUUUAUAUGUGGCCUUUUGGAGGCUUUGUUUUACUUCAUAGUUCCAAGGCCAAAGAAAAAUGUUGAAGGUGAAAUAGUCCUUAUAACAGGAGCUGGAAGUGGAAUCGGACGAUUAUUAGCCUUAAGAUUUGCCCGUCUCAAAGUUAUCCUCGUUCUUUGGGAUAUCAACUCAGAAAGCAAUCAAGAAACUUGUGAAUUGGCCAAAAAAGCUGGUGCAUCAAACGUGUAUACAUAUACCUGUAAUUGUGGUGAAAGGCAAGAUAUCUACCGAGUAGCAGAUCAGGUUAAAAAAGAAGUUGGUGAUGUCACCAUUCUUAUUAAUAAUGCUGGAGUUGUAACAGGAAAAGAUUUCCUUGAGAUUCCAGAUGAAUGUGUGGAAAGAUCAUUUGAUGUGAACGCUAAAGCACAUAUCUGGACUUACAAAGCCUUCCUUCCUAGUAUGAUUGCUAAUAACCAUGGACACUUGGUGUGUAUUUCAAGUUCAGCUGGAUUAGUUGGUGUAAGUAGGUUAUCAGAAUAUUGUGCAAGUAAAUUUGCAGCCUUUGGAUUUGCUGAAUCCAUAUUUUUAGAAACAUUUGCCCAAGGAAACACUGGGAUUAAAACAACCAUUGUUUGCCCAUUUUUUGUAAAAACUGGAAUGUUUGAAGGUUGUUCUACUAGAAAUCCUUUAGUGUUGCCAAUUCUAGAGCCAGACUAUGUAGUCAAUAAGAUAAUUAAUGCAAUUCUAGAAGAACAAGUUUACCUGUUUUUACCACGAUUUUUAUAUUUUGUAUUAUUUUUAAAAAGCUUUUUACCAACCAAGUCAGGAUUGGCUCUGUGUGAAUACAUGAGAAUUUUUGAUGUAAUGAAUAAGUUCAAAGGACAAGUAAAGAAGGACUGAAAAUCAAAUUCUAAAGAAGAUAUAAGUAAUCCAUAUCCAGUGCUGCCAAAUAUUUAUUAUUUCAAUGAAUAAGUGACUAAUGCUAUUUGACACAAUUUCUGAAUACUUAUGAAAUACACAUGUUACUACUUAGACUAAUACUUAAUUUUACCUAAUCAUUCUACUACCUACCUAUCCUGAAAUAUAUAUAUAUAUAUAUACAUAUGUUAUAUGAUAUUUUUUCUGUUCUAGGAAUGGGUUAAUAUUCUUCUUUUCAAAGAUCUAAGCCCAAUCUUGAUAUGCCACUUGUACUCUGUUUUGGGGAGGAAGGAGAAAAAGAGGAUAUCACAUAGAUAUCAGAUAGCCUAUUCUUAGUGAUUCUUUCCCUCAUCCCAAUGUUUGAGUGACUUGAAGGAGGAUUCCAUGUGAACCAGCCUGCAUCUGGCUACAGUGGGGUUAACUAAGAUCCAAAAUGUAUUUACAUAGGUGAGACCACGCUUGCUCCCCUAACCACUUUUCCUUUUUCAGCAUGCUUAACCUAGAACAUUUUGAAA